AUGACUAUUGUAAUACUUAGUCUGGAAGUGAAACAAUCUGAUUGCCCAUUCUUUGAUAAACCAGUAUACAUGUUCAAAGAACAAGAACCAGAAAUGAUGUUUGAGGACGGACCAUCAACAUCUAAACGAUCUCUUCAGUUUGCAACUAAAUUGCCAUCCCUACAAACAACAACUUCUGAAAAUAUAAGCCCUAUCAAAACUUUGAAUCCAUACCAAAAUAAAUGGACAAUCAAAGGGAGAGUUACUCAUAAAUGUCCUAUUAAGGCAUAUAGUAUAGCAAUGAAAAAUGGCCAUGUGUUUAGCUUUGACAUUGUUGAUUGUGAGGGUUCUAAAAUUAGAAUUACAUGUUUUGAUGAGAUAGCUAAGUUACACUCUAACCGUGUAGACAUAGGUUCACAUUAUAUUAUUUCAAAGGGAUCUGUUAAGGAGUCAAAUGCAAGGUACAACAAACUAAAUAGUCAUUUAGAAAUCACCUUGUCUGAUGCAUCCAUACUGAAACAUUGCAACAACGAAGAACGGGCAGAUCAACAAGGUCCUCCUUUCACACCCAUUAGUGAAUUGUUUCAUCUAACAAAUAACACGUUGGUUGACAUAAUUGGUCUUGUUCUAUAUGUUGGAAAUAUCAUUCCAAUACACAAGAAAGAUGGCAGUCAAACACAAAAACGUGUUGUGAAAAUAAAUGAUCUAUCUGAUUCAAUAAUUGACAUCAACUUAUGGGGUCCAAUGGCAUAA